GUCUCUGGUCAUCACCUGUACUAUGUCCGCAGUCUCUGGUUAUUUCCCAUACUGUGUCCACAGUCUCUGGUCAUCUCCUGUAGUACAUCCACAGUCUCUGGUCAUCUUCCUGUAGUACAUCCAAAGUCUCUGGUCAUCCCCUGUACAAUGUCUGAAUUCUCUGUCUGUCUCUGGUCAUCCCCUGUACCCGUGUCUGCAGUCUCUGGUCAUCCCCUGUACCGUGUCCGCUGUCUCUGGUCAUACCCUGUACCGUGUCCGCAGUCUCUGGUCAUCCCCUGUACCGUGUCCGCAGUCUCUGGUCAUCCCCUGUACCGUGUCCGCAGUCUCUGGUCAUUCGACAUCCCCUGUACCGUGUCCGCAGUGUCUGGUCAUCCCCUGUACCGUGUCCGCAGUCUCUGGUCAUCUCCUGUACCGUGUCCGCAGUCUCUGGUCAUCCCCUGUACCGUGUCGCAGUCUCUGGUCAUCCCCUGUACCCGCGUCCGCAGUCUCUGGUCAUCCCCUGUAUCGCAGUCUCUGUCAUCCCCUGUACCGCGUCCGCAGUCUCUGGUCAUCCCCUGUACCGCGUCCGCAGUCUCUGGUCAUCCCCUGUACCGCGUCCGCAGUCUCUGGUCAUCCCCU